AUAGUUUAGCCAAUCCAAUCUUAAAGGUCUAAAUUUUGGAAGAAGGUUAAAACAAAAUGGAUCGAGGCUAUGUCGUUGCUGACCUCCCUAACUUCCUUCAAAUUUAUCACCCUGAACUGUGCUAUUCCAAGCUGAAAAUACCAUCCGGAUUUCUGAAGUUUUUCAAUGAAGGUAUUCCACUGUUCUUUCUGCUUGAAGUUGAAGGUCCAGCUCGGAGAUCUUGGAGGGUUGUUGUAGAAAAGAUCCAAGAGGAUUGCUUUUUCAAGGAUGGUUGGCCAAACUUUGUACAGGAUAAUAACUUGGAGUGUGGAGAUUAUCUGACAUUUUCUUAUGUUGGAAACUCAUUUUUUUAUGUAAAAAUAUAUGGAAAACAUGGCUAUAUGAAGGAGGACUUAAUUGAAAUUAGGGAGCUUGAAUUGCAUCCAUUAGAUGAAGAAAAUGCCCAAGCGAUACAAGCGGAAGCUCCGCUAGCUGAUCAAGCACUUGAUGGGCCAGUAAACUCUGUGAGCUUUGUCACUUUAUUCAAAGUUGUCCUGAAGGAACCCGACUUUCGGAAGAUGUUGAAUAUACCUUGUGCAUUUGGCCGCAGAUACAUGAAGAAGGGGCAAAAGUUUGAGAAAGAUGCUACUCUUCAGACCGAUACUGCUAGCUGGCCGGUUGUAAUCCGCGAAUAUGAUAGACUUAAAUUUCGAAAUGGGUGGGGUGAAUUUGUACGUGCCAAUGAGCUGCGUGUAGGAGAUGUCUGCUGUUUUCAGUUGAUUGAUGAGGAGAAAUUCAUAUUGAAAGUUUGCAUUAACCCAAGUCUCAAUGAAGUAUAGUCGAUACAAAUAGAGACAAUUCCCUUUGAUUAUUUAGCUUAAUAUCUGGUUCAAAUGUUUCUACUUGA